UCAAAGAACAAGAAAAGAAGUUCAUUGAUCAUUAUUUCGAAAUGUUUAUAAAGCCCUAUUUCGAGAAGUGUAAAAAGUACAAAGAAGCAACAUUCUUUGCGAAAGAAACGUUACUAACUAAAGAAUAUUUAAAAAAAGCAAGUGGAGAUGUAUUUCCUUCCUUUAAUCAAACAGUUAAGCAAUGCAAACUGGAUGGGUGUUUGGAAGAAUUUAUUGUGCUCACAUGUUUUCAAGAUAUUGAAGUAUUUGAUGAACUUAUGAUAAAUACCAUCAAUGAAGAUAAGUAUUUUGUGAUGGCGAUGUACCGGGAUGUUAGAUCCUUCAUCGCAGUCAAGAAAAGAAAUUUUGAUGAUAAAAUUAAAGAACUUACUAAAAAAUUACAACCAAAGGAAAAGGAGUAUUUUGAGAAGC